AUGGGCAGACUUGCUGGCAACGAGGCAAAAUGGGCCGAGUUGCAAGAGUCCUUCGAUCAGAAUCUGGAGGUCGCGCAGAAUGCCGCAGUUCGUGCGGAACAGAUGGCGACGAAGGCAUCCCUAGGGGCGCAGGAGGUUGCGAAGGAGCUGAUCGCUGAGGCCAAGGACGCCUUACAUGAUCGGAUGAAGGCCUUCGAAGAGCAAGGCCGCGCGCAGCGAGCCGAUCUCGAUGCAGAGCUGCAGGAGUUCCAGCGCCGCCUCAACAUCCAGGACAACGACCUGAAAAGGAGUCGCGAGAAGUCUUCGCAG